UGAUGUAAACAACACUUCUCCAGGUGAAUGUAUUACGUACAUUUCGAUUUAUAAACUAAUUUUAUAGUAGUUUUCCUUGCCAUGAGCUGUACCGUGGAGUGGUAGACAUGUGUCCGGUGCAGGGGCGUAGUGGCAGGAGGUGCUGGAUGGUGCACCAUCCAGCUUGGUUUUGGUGCUACAUGGGAACGGUUGAUCGGAGCAGGAAAGGCUGAAUCAGGAAAAGCACUUGGCAAAUCAUUAGCCACAUAUGAUGUACUGCACACUACCAUAUCAGACCCUAAGCCUACGUGUUUCUCCUUUGUGGAGGAUGGCUGCUGUAGAAACCAUAAGGGCAAUGCUGUCUGCCAGGAGUGUUCUUCGUUUGGGUCCAGCUGUGACUAGAAAGGUGAUAUUUCCACUUAGUAGCACUCCAGGCCAGAAUGCCAAAGAUGAUCUACAUCUUAAUUUUCGACGCCUGACGUUGUCUCCCAUUGAGGUGCAGCUGUCAGCACAGGUUCUAGCAUCAGCAAGCUCUUUAAAUAACACUAAAGAGUUGAGAUUGCCACCUCUGCUGAAACCUGCCACCAUCACUUUCCCCACACUGCAUAAUGGGGUGAUGCUAGAGAAGGACCUCCCAUCCAUAUUAAACAUAUUUGAAAAGACUGAUCCUGGUACACCUCAGCAGAAAGUUGAAGCACCCACUAACCAGGUAGCUGAGAAACAAGCAGCUAGAUUGAUUAUAACCAGAAGAAAAAAGAUGAGGAAACACAAGUUGAGAAAACUACGUAAGAAGAUGAAGUUUGUCUGGGCAAAAGUAAGACAGAAAAGGGAGUAUAGGAAAGAGAAGCAAUUUCAGGCGGAACAGAUGGCCAAAGUGCGCAGAUAUGAUGCAUUUGAUGCUGCAGAGUACGUGAAGGACAUCCUGCGGCAAACAAAGGAGAAGCCCACUCCAAAGACCUGGAAGAGCAAGCGACUGCCAGAAUUCCUUAUCAAGGAAUUGAUGAAAAAAGAGGAAGAGAAGAAAAUUAAGAAUAGGCAGGAAAGAUUGAAGCUGGAAGCUUUACAAAAAAUCAAAGAUAACUAUAAAUCUGACCUUUUGAGCAAGUAAUGGUCAUACUACAUGAAGCAAGAAGGUAAAAAAAAAAUGUUGGUUUUCAUUGUUUUUAUUGUACUGUACAUAGCAAAUAAUUUAUAUUGAAUAAGAAUUCACAUGAAUUAUGAAAUCUUAAUUAUUAUCUAAAUUUUUUCGUAGUUUCUCUUUUCACAUAUAGAAUUUGAUUUUACUCUUGUUAGAAUAAAGAUUCACAUGAAUUCA